GCUGCCUCGACAUUUUGGACUGUCCCACCAGAAAAAAAAAGGAGAAAAAUGGGUUCUUGUCAAACGUCCCGACACUCUCAGUCUUGCUGGCCGUCGACCAAUAUUUUUAUCCCCUCGGGUCACACCAAUUAGCUUCCCUUCGCUCCUUAGCUGACACAUUUGACACUGACCAAUUCUCAGAAUCUAGCACUUCUGGUGUAAUAUAGUGGGGUAGGCUGGCUCGUGAUAGAUACACGUAUCGACCAGGACCUGACUGGACGGACAGGUUCACGCAAUGGCGGCGGCGGCGGCCGACGACGGCGACUGGCAGGGCGUCGAGAACGACGUCACGGACCCAGAGGAGCUGGGCGUGAUCCACGCGGCGCUGGACUCGUUCUUCCAGUACUCGCGCGUCGCGCACUUCAACAGCACGCACCUGCGGCGGCAGUCCUUCUACGCGCUGCCGCAGGCGCACUGGCGGCUGCUGGCGGCCCCGCCCUUCAGCUUCCUCGAGACGCUGGACCGGGUCGACGAGGCUAUCGACGGCAACGCCGAGCUGGGUCGCGCCAUCGCCACGGCGGGGAUACGAUCCUUCCACAUGCAGCCGCAGUCGGCCGCCGCCAACGCCGCCACCGACGCCGGCAUGGCUGCCGCCGCUGCUACCACCACUGCUUGUGUCCUGCCCGUCAUCUCGGGCCCCUGGACGGGCGCUGCCAAGCCGUCGGAUAUGGACAAGGCUCGCAGCACCCUUCGUCAGUUCUACCGCGACUGGUCCGCCGAGGGCGCCCGCGAGAGGGAGGCCAGCUACGGGCCCGUCAAGCGCUUCCUGGAGGAGGAGCGCGGCAGGGUGUCGCAGCGGCCGUCGUCACCGGCACGGGCGGGGGGCGGCAACAACAUCCCCAUCGCCCCCGCCAUCGAGGAAGACGCCAGCUCCCCCGCCCCUCCCCUCAAGGUGCUCGUGCCGGGCGCGGGCCUGGGCCGGCUCGUCUUCGACCUGUGCGACCUGGGCUACGAGGUGGAAGGCAACGAAAUAUCGUACCACCAGCUGCUGGCGUCGGCUUACGUGCUCAACCGGGCGCCGCGGGCGGGCUGCCACCGCAUCUACCCCUGGAUCCAGACCUUUUCCAACCACCGCUCGCGCGCCAACCAGCUGCGGUCCUACGCCAUCCCGGACGUGCACCCGGCCACUCGGCUCGGGACGGCGCCUGCCCGUCCGGGAGGGAGCAUGUCCAUGACGGCGGCCGACUUUCUGUGCCUGUACGAGCAGGACGACCAGCUGGGCCGGUUCGACGCCGUCGCGACCGUCUUCUUCCUCGACACGGCGCCCAACCUGGUGCGCUACCUGAGCUGCAUCCGCGGUUGCCUGCGCGAGGGCGGCGUGCUCGUCAACGUGGGCCCGCUGCUGUGGCACUUUGAGAACAGCGCCCCCGGGAACCGGGGCCACGACGACGACGGGGACGGCGAGCACGACCCGGCGGCGUCGACGGGCAUCGCGGACCCGGGCUCGUUCGAGCUGACCGAGGACGAGGUGCUGGCGCUGGUGGAGCGCGUCGGGUUCGAGAUUGUGCGGCGGGACGAGGAUGAGGGUCUGGAGGCGCCGUAUAUUCAGGACCCGGACAGCAUGCUGCGGACUGUUUACAGGCCCAGCUCGUGGGUGGCGCGCAAGAGGGCGGGCUGGCGGGGGGAGGUUUGAGAGAGAGAGGGAGGGAGGGAGGGAGGCAGGUUGCGGUGCAUAAACGCUAGUGGAUCGAGGCACUGAGCCAGAGAUGGUUGAUGUAUACAUGGAUUGUACCCUAGAUAUGACGCAGUGCAGACGCGCGAAGGAACCCUUGC